GAGGAGGGGGCGCUCCCUUUCCGGCGGCGUGCGGCGGGGCCCGGCCGUGCUGCCGCUAUGGCUCUCUACAACUUUAAGAAGAUCACUGUGGUGCCGUCCGCCAAGGAUUUCAUAGAUCUGACACUGUCAAAGACUCAGCGGAAGACCCCAACUGUCAUUCACAAGCACUACCAAAUCCAUCGGAUUCGACAUUUUUACAUGCGCAAAGUCAAAUAUACUCAACAGAAUUACCAUGAUAGACUCACUCAGAUCUUAACGGAUUUCCCCAAAUUAGAUGAUAUUCACCCUUUUUAUGCAGAUUUGAUGAAUGUUCUCUAUGACAAAGAUCACUAUAAGCUGGCUUUGGGACAGAUUAAUAUUGCCAAGAACUUGAUUGACAACGUGGCUAAGGACUACGUACGGCUGCUCAAGUACGGCGACUCUCUCUACCGCUGCAAGCAGCUGAAGCGCGCCGCGCUGGGACGCAUGUGCACCAUCAUCAAACGGCAGAAACAAAGCCUGGAGUAUUUGGAGCAAGUGCGACAACAUUUGUCUCGUUUGCCAACCAUUGACCCCAACACACGAACACUUCUGCUGUGUGGCUACCCAAAUGUUGGGAAAUCCAGCUUCAUAAAUAAGGUUACAAGAGCAGAUGUGGAAGUGCAGCCUUACGCCUUUACCACAAAAUCUCUGUUUGUGGGACACAUGGAUUAUAAGUAUCUGCGUUGGCAGGUAGUAGAUACUCCUGGCAUUUUGGAUCAUCCCUUGGAGGACAGGAACACCAUCGAGAUGCAGGCAAUAACUGCGCUGGCUCACCUGCGUGCUGCUGUGCUGUAUGUGAUGGAUGUGUCCGAGCAGUGUGGGCACAGCCUGGAGGAGCAAGUGGAGCUUUUUGGAAAUAUUAAGCCCUUGUUUGCUAACAAGCCACUUAUAAUUGUUGCAAACAAAUGUGAUGUGAAGAGGAUUGCAGAACUUCCUGAAGAGAGUCAGAAAAUAUUUGAAACUUUUGAAGCAGAAGGAUUUUCUGUAAUAGAGACAAGUACUCUCACAGAAGAAGGUGUAAUACAAGUUAAAACAGAGGCUUGUGACAGGCUGUUGGCCCAUCGUGUUGAUACUAAAAUGAAAGGAAAUAAAGUGAAUGAAGUGCUGAACAGAUUACACUUGGCCAUGCCAACCAAAAGAGAUAACAAGGAGCGGCUGCCUUUUAUACCUGAGGGAGCUGUAGCACGUAAGAAACGCAUGGAAGUGGACACACCCAGAAGAAAAUUGGAGAGAGAUCUUGAACUUGAAAUGGGAGAUGAUUAUGUUUUGGAUCUUCAGAAAUAUUGGGACUUGAUGAAUUCAUCUGAGAAGUACGACAAGAUACCAGAGAUCUGGGAGGGUCAUAAUAUCCUUGACUACAUCGAUCCAGAUAUAAUGAGAAAACUGGAAGAAUUAGAGAAAGAGGAAGAGCUGAGAGAAGCUGCUGGAGAAUAUGACAGUGAGAUAGAAAGCGAAGAUGAAGAAAUGGUGGAAAUCCGACAGUUGGCACAAAAGAUCCGAGAAAAGAAGAAGCUGAAAAUCCUGCAGUCAAAGGAGAAGGAUAUUCAUGGCCCAAGGAUGCCUAGAACAGCUAAAAAGGUCCAGAGGAAGGUGCUAGAGAAAGAAAUGACUGAUCUUGGCCUCGACAUGACGAACAAAGACGAUGCACAUUACAUGAGAAGGUCCCGCAGUGCUACAAGGAAACGCAAACGCGAUGAGUCCGAAACCCCCAAGUCUGUGGCACGCAGCCGGAGCCGCAGCUGCUCUCGCACACCGCGGGACGUGUCUGGUCUUCGUGAUGAAAAGAUGGUGAAGAAGGUCAAGACUAUGGCAAAGAAGGCUCAAAAGAAAAUGAAUCGCCUGGGCAGGAAAGGAGAGGCAGACAGACACAUAUUUGACUUGAAGCCAAAACAUCUGCUGGCUGGAAAGAGAAAAUCUGGUAAAACACAGAGAAGAUAAGCGGUCCCCUGGAUUAAGACUAAUUAAAAUUGAGUUUAUUAGAACUGA